AAAUUAUGUACCGAUAUACAACACCGUUACUGUCACAAGCUAAGCAAUAUGCAUACACCACACGAGGUCGAUGCCAUAUCGGAUUGUUCACUUAAGGGGUUAAGACAAUUCACAUUUUCGGAUUUGAAUCACGUAUUACCUUAGUGAACUAAAGUCACAUUAUAAAGGCGGUUCGUUUCCCGCUGUUUGUACGUUACGAUUAAGCGAAUUGAGAAGUUACACAAGUUUCUCAAGUCAGUGAUGAAUGAAGGAAAAAUGCUAAGAUUCGUAAAAUUGACUGAUAAAGCGUAUGCACCAGUGAAGGGAUCAAAAUAUGCUGCUGGGUACGAUUUAAGAAGUGCCUAUGAAUACACUUUGCCUUCACAUGGUAAAGUACUCGUCAAAACAGAUUUGCAAAUUGAAGUUCCUGACUGUACAUACGGAAGAAUAGCACCACGUUCGGGAUUGGCAUGGAAACAUCAUAUUGAUGUAGGCGCAGGUGUUAUUGAUGCCGAUUAUCGCGAGGAAAAUGUAUGGAAGCUCUGUCAAGAUGUAACGACCAGACACGGAUCGGAAUUACAGCAUUGCUAUGUUGCUUUCGUGAGCAACUCCUGGCGUAGCGUACCGCUUUGGCGACAACGUGCAGGAAAGGACGAGGAUAAGCUCGUAGUUUGGGACUUCCACGUAAUCCUUAUCUACGCACCCGACGAAAGAGCGGUUGUUUACGAUUUAGAUAGCGCGUUGCCGUUUCCGACGCAUUUCUGGAAAUACGCGAUGGAAACGUUUAGAUCGGACGAGGUUCUACAGCCGGAGCAUCACAGAAGAUUCAGAGUGAUCCCAGCCAAUGUGUACUUGCGAGAAUUUGCAUCGGAUCGGCAUCAUAUGAAACGCGAGGAUGGAACAUGGAUCAAGACGCCACCGGAUUAUCCGCCAAUUUCAACAUCAACGUGCAAGGACAACUUGGAUUCUUUUAUUAACAUGGAUCCAGGGACCGGGUUCGGGGUUGUAUUGACUUUAGACCAAUUAUUCGACCGAUUUCAUAGGCCGAAUGCGAUUCCAACGGCUCCUCGUACACCUCAUCCGCAACCUACACCGACUUAAGUAAACUGCUAAGUAAGUUCCGCAAGGAUAACGAUUGUCUGCUUCGAUUUCCAAUUGUCAACAAAUGAAUUGUAUGGCCUAAGGGAAUUGGUUAAGUGCAUGUACCUUUGUGAACCGAAAUUGGGUUAAUAUUCGAUGAUAACAUUUAUCUAAGCAUUAUUCAUCGUUCAAAAUCACAGCUAUAUCUCUGUGAAUGAUAAACCGAUCAUUUUAUUUCUAUCAACAUUCUUAAUUCGCUAUAUAACCUUUAACACUAUCCCUGUUUAUAUGUGUCUCACGCAUUUUUUUACUCCUACCUUUUAAUUCGAAUUUAAAUAUAAGGUGUUCCAUGCGACGUACAGGAUUUCUUUAAGUGCCGUUGGUCGAGCGCUACAAAUAUCACACAGUGUGAAAAAUCCGUAUAAAACCGUAUAUUUAAGAUUUUAAGCAUAUAUCAUGGAUAUUCGUGUGGAUCCGUAAAUGGAUCGUACAAUUGGAACUUAUUAAUUCCACAAACAAUAUGAUUUGAAAAUCAAGCAUGAUUAUUUCUCGAUUUAAUAAUAACGAUGAAAAGCUACACAUGAUUUAAUAUGUAAAUUAUUAAAUAUUGAAAACAGUGAAAAGCAUAAAUUUACAUAAAGAUACUAAUACUGAUGUUAGAAAUUGAUUCUUAAUAAUAAAUUUGUUGUAUGUUUGCUUGUCGAAUCGCAGUUUUCUUUAUGAAAAUUUUACAUCAUAUGAAAAAGGGAAAAAGAGAAGGAAACAAAAAAAUAGUGAUGAAGAGAAAAAAGAGAAGGAAGCAGAGAGAAGGAAAGAAUUAAUUAAUACCUCUAAAUCUAUAAAGCCUUUUGUUUCUACUGUGAUUGCAGGAUUCAAACAGCAAUGAUUUAAUGCAGUAUAUCGAGACUUUUUCAAUUGAGCGUAUAUACUGCUUUUGUCUUGUACGAUUAUGCCCUAAGAGAUAUAUGGAAAAUAAAUCUUCACUUGUGAUUAAAAGUGAUUAAAAGAAAUAUAAUAUAAACAGAUAAUAUUAGAUAUAAUAGAUACAUUUUUCCUAAUAAAUUAUCUAUCGGCUACUAAAAUUUCACAAUAUUGUACAGCUUUGUUCUGGUUUACGGUUUGGUACGGGUCUUUCCUACUAUUGUCGUUGAAUGCUACGGUUCCAGCGAUACUAAAUUAUGGGGUCGGAGCCUCCAUAAUUAAUCAAUAACAAUGCAAGGAGCAGUAACAGCGGGAACAAAAGAGAGCGCCUGGACAAAACGGAUUUGAUCAAAGGGCGUAGAGCCCCAGCUUACCGUUGCAAAGUUCGAGAUUUGCCGGGUCCUCUCGUUAUUCCUUGGCUCCUAUUAUAGUGUUUGGACAUUUCUCCAUUUUAAUAAAUAAAUUCAAACUUAGAAGAAAGAUCCACGUCUUUAGAAAAACCAAUUCUUUUAUAACGAUAGUUCUACUUAUGUGUAAAAAUGUACUUGAUACGAUUAGACACAAGUAGCAAUAUCGUGAGAAAAAAAGUGGUUUCUGCAAGGACAUGCGCUUUUUCCUAUAGUGUCGAUAUCUAUUUGCCUCUAUUUCUAGGCUAUGCUGAUACGUUAUUUGUUCCCCUCUUUUUAAAAGUCUUUUUACAGAACCUUGCCAAGAACCCCGUCUCUCUGUGUUGUCUGCUACACAUUAACUAUCGACCAUGUUCCAAGCUUUUGGGUUCUGACCCAAGUAUUGGGGAUGACUGUUCUCGUCUUCAUACGUUUUAUCAUAACGCGUAAAUCUUUAUCGCGGCUUUGCUCCAUUGGUGGUGUUAUCGUUAUAGUUAUUGUGUCUAAGACUGACGUAUUUAUGGACACAUUCGUUCGACGAAGUAUUUACCAGCGCUUUUAUUAGCGCUGAUGCACAAAAAAACGAGGAAAGCGCUUAUUAUUGUUGUGCAACCGAGAUAGUAAGGGCGAGAACGUGAUCUUUGCGAUAAUGUAAAAUAGUUAUUGUAAUUCUUGUGAUACUUUACACUUUCUACUUUGAAUACCUACGUAUAUACUGAUAUUGAUACUAAAAAUUGAUUCUUUAUAAUAUGUAGUGUGUUUGCUUGUCGAAACAGAAUUUUCUCUGUGAAAAUUUGAUCAAUGGAAAUCGAGGCUUAAUUCGAGCAUCCCGCGCGACCAAUUGUUGCCUACAUCGAAAUAUUAUUUUCGAAUCAACGAAUGUCCCUUAGACUCUCGGAAAUAAAUUUUGACAACGAAAAUCUCGGAAUCUUUGACCUCCCUGAAACAGAGUACAUGUAUACUGUAUCUACGUAGUAGAUUUCUUACAUUAAUUCCCAUUUACUUCUCUGUUCGCUUAUUUAAAUUGAAAUACUCCAAUCGUCCUUCCUUUUGAAACUUCGCGAACGUAAAUUUAUAUUGGCAUGUAAAUCGUUACGAUUUCAAUGGGAAUAACUUUACAAUUGCAACAAGACUAUGUACUCGUAGAUGUUCUAGCGAAUCUAUUGUUUUUAGCUGUAACACGGCGUGAUACGAUGCGACAGAAAAUUUAAUCGACAAGCGAAUGCAAACGAGCUGUCGGUUCUUCGAAUAGAUUGAGAAUCAUUGUUGAAAAAGGCGAAGAACCGACAGUCGCGUUUAUAGUCUAAGGAUACGUCCACUCUUUGCCUUCCAACAUCUUUCACUGGAUCUCUUUGUCUUUAUCAUCGACAUGUGUUUUUUCUCCAAUUCACUUUAUAUCACGUUGCUAUUUGCAUACAUACUUGUAAGCAGACGUAUCACCGAUUGUGGGAUAAUUAAUUAAUCACUGAAUGUACAUAUUUCAUUCUUACCAGUGUUGGGUAGAUAUCAUUCUCACCGUUGUUAUUCGAAAUUUUUUAACAGACAAGUAAAUCUUUCUUUUUCCAAUUAGUUAUAUAUAUAUAUAUUUUUAUAUAUUAUAUAUAUAUAUUAGUUAAAGUAUUAAAUAUAAAUAUAUAAAA